GACCCGCUGAGAGAUGGACUUGGCAGGCGUGCUGCUGGCGCUGCUCCUCGUGCUGGUGCUGGUCGUCUCUCUGCUCUCCAACCUCCUGGUGCUGCUAUGCUUCGUCUACAGUACGGAGAUCCGCAAGCAGGUCGCCGGGGUUUUCCUGGUGAACUUAUCCUUCUGCAACCUGCUUCUCACCGUUCUGAACAUGCCUUUUACCCUGCUGGGCAUCCUGAGGAACCAGCAACCCCUCGGGGGCUGCGUCUGCAAGGCGGUGGGUUUCCUGGAAACUUUCCUGACUUCCAACACAAUGCUGAGCAUGGCAGCGCUCAGCAUCGACAAAUGGAUUGCCGUGGUGUUCCCCCUGAGCUAUACCAGCAAGAUGCGGUAUAAGGACGCUGUGAUACUGAUGGGCUACUCGUGGCUCCACUCCCUCACAUUCCCCUUGGUAUCCUUGUUUUACUCAUGGGUAGAUUACAACAGCGUUUACGCCUCUUGCACCUUACACCUGAAGGAAGAGACGGAGAGGAGAAGGUUUACAGUGUUCACCAUUGUCUUUCACUCCACCAGUUUCAUGCUGUCUCUGGUGAUCUUGUGUUUCACCUAUUUAAAGGUGUUGAAAGUUGCCCGGUUCCACUGCAAGCGGAUAGACAUAAUUACCAUGCAGACUCUGGUUUUGCUGGUGGAUAUCCACCCCAGUGUGAAGCAGCGCUGUCUGAACGAGCAGAAAAGGAGGCGGCAGCGGGCUACCAAGAAAAUCAGUAUUUUUAUAGGGUCGUUCGUGAUCUGUUUUGGUCCUUACAUUAUCACCAGGUUGAUAGAGCUCAUUCCUUUUGUUACCAUAAAUUACUACUGGGGAAUUAUAAGCAAGUGCCUCACCUACAGUAAGGCUGCAUCAGAUCCGUUUGUUUACUCACUUUUACGUCAACAGUACAAAAAAGUUCUGAUCAACAUCGUCAACAGGAUACUGAAGAGGGACCUGUAUCCCUCAUCAGGGUACAACAGUUCUCUCGAUACUGAAAACGAUUACUGCUUGCACAGAACAAACUGACAACAGGGAAGCACUCCCCUUCCAGGGAGACAGGUGUUUGCUGCUGCUGGAAAACUGCCUUUCUCCUCUCCUGCUGACAGUGGUGACAGUGUCUCCAGGGUGUGAAGGCUGCAUGAAUGCAACAUUGCAUCGUGGACUUUCAUAAAAAGGCUCCUCCCCGGUCUGCAGCCAAGCACAAUUCAUGGCAAAGCCUUGUCCCCAGUGAACAGAGUUGGCUUGAGGGGUUUUGAGA